AUGGCACGGAUACAACCGGAUGAGAUGGAUCUGACUUUAGUGGGCAAACCCGAGUUCAUGUGCAAGCAGUCGAGGAUGCUAUUUCGCACACGGGCUGAGCACGGCAUCAAUAGUGAUGUCGGCGAUGAUUUGGUGGCUUUUGCCAGGGAGAAACUAGUCGGCGCCUCAAACGAAACGGGGUACAAUGAAGGUCAAAAGCUGGCGAUUUUAGCGCGACGGAUCCCACUCGAUAUUCGCACAAAUACAAGUGCAGCCAUCCAGUCGAUAAAUCGGCAGAUUGCUCAGCAUAUGCGUGUGCUCUAUGGAAUCACCGAUAAUAACGAAACCCUUCUCACCGGCUCUCCGAGCGAGCCAAUCAUCUCAGAGGGUGCCAAGGCUGCAAUGCGCAAGGAUUUUAGUGCAACAGAUGCGCUCUUCGGGGUUUUCAGCUCUCCCGGGAUCAGUGUGGGUGAACGAGGGGAGAUGGUGGCCGAACUCCUUAUGAUCCUCGCCAGCGAUGCUGCCACUCGAAGUGGCAAAUUUUCGAUACCUAGCUUCUUCGAGUGCCUGCUUACCGAUAUCUCGUGGCAGAAGCUCAAGAGUUCCCAAGCAUCACGUGGUCGAUGUUUCCAUACCAAGAAUUUUCAAGAGACAUUCGAGAACUCAUUCGGAAACUUUAAUCACAUCAUCAAAAUCUAUGGGAACGUUCCGGGGUUGAAGUCAUGGUAUCGGUAUCUUACGAGACGUGUCGCAAUUUCCUCGCAGUUCGGGCAACAGGGUAUAGACGCUGCUUUCCCCUACACUAUCGAUGGGACGGCGAUUGCGCCGGAUAACACCAGCACCAUGUUUCUCCAAACCAGGUCUCGAGUUGGUAUGCAAAAGCCCUCUGAGAAAUCGUUCGAGGACAUGGAUCGCAUUGUCCACCAAAUGCACGGCUCUGGGGACACCGAUUUGAACCCUACACAGCCGGGACUCAAACCUGUCAUACGAAUGAUCUUCUCACUGAAAUCUCACGAGAAGGAAGUGACAGUGAUGGAAUACGGAGAUUACGACAAUGACAUGCUGGCGUGGGACAUCUAUGUGCCUUUCUCGUCCCUUAGAGCUGUUCAGGAGAACUGCCAUGCGUGGCACUCUGCGCUGACAAUGGAGUUAAAUGCUGGGAGGAUAUUCUUUGGUGACAAGGUCCGGAUGGGAUGGCCCCUGCAGCGAAGGAAAGCGACGAUUUUUGGCCAAAUUGGGGGCCAAUGGGGGAGUAAACGACUGGGGAUUGUAGCGAGGCGAAGGCGAAAGGGAAGGAGGAACAUAGGCUGA